UUAUUUCUAUUUCCUCAAAGAAUUUUUCCUUCCGUUACUUCCCGACUCUCGAAGUCGCUGAACUUAAAUUUUGUCGUGUUGUUAGAUCUGUUUUUUGAAAAUAUCUCGCCAAAUUCCAGACCUACUUUAUUUGCACUUGUCCCAGGUGAACAACUAAAGGAGAAAAAGCACUUCAUUUAAGUUCUAUCCAUACAAUUUCAUGGACUUGUAGUGAAGUGUCUCAUAACUGCAGACCGAUGGCACGGAACCAGAAGGUGGCUUUGAUUGAAUCAACAAUCUUUCAUCCAUUUCCAACCGAAAAUGUUUUAACUCUUUGCUUUCUGGAUUACAUGUUUCAUUUUAUUUGAAGUAGGGCUCUGUGAGGGAGGUCCCAGGCUAUGGACGGGAUGGUGGAGGAAAACGGGACAGGAAGCGGUGACCCUUUAUCCUCCUCACCCAGUGCAAACACAACUAACGUCGCCACUUCAGUGCAGUCAGUUAUUCAAGCCAACCAGCAAUCAGUUAUUCAAACUGCAACAGGGAAUAUUCAACCUGCUGUGCUCACUAAAGGGAACGUCAUCCUAGUUAGCAAACCGAACUCUGUCAUUCAAACAACUCAAGGCAGUCUCCAAACCCUCCAGGUAGUUGUAGAAGCUAAUAGUGACGAUAGUUUAUCAGCAGAAGACGACUCAACAAGGAAACGAAGAGAUAUCCUCACAAGGCGGCCUUCCUAUAGAAAAAUUUUAAACGAUUUAGGCGGAGCAGAAAUAGCCGGCUGCAAAGUGGAGUCGUCAAAUUCAGAUUGUGAUUCUAACCUUGAUAGUGAAUUAUCUUCACAUUCCUUGCCUACGCACUACCCGACAGUAAUACCUGCAGGUUCAUUGCAACUCUGUAGUCAAGGAGAAGGAGCUCAAGGUAUUCAAUCAAUUACAAUGACAAAUGCAUCAUCAGGAGGGACAAUAGUCCAAUACGCCGGUCAAGACGGGCAAUUCUUCGUACCAGGUGAAAUUGUGGUGACGCAAGGAUCUACCCUACCUGGAGUACCUCUAAUGGCAGAGGAUCAAGCAAGGAAGCGUGAACUUAGGUUAUUAAAAAAUAGGGAAGCAGCACGAGAGUGCAGACGAAAAAAGAAGGAAUAUAUUAAAUGUCUAGAAAAUAGAGUUGCUGUACUUGAAAAUCAAAAUAAGGCCUUAAUAGAUGAGUUGAAAUCGCUGAAAGAGCUCUAUUGCCAGCAAAAAACAGAUUGAAAUAGCACUAGAGUAGGUAUAAAUAUAUGUAUACAUAUGUUUAUAAAUUUUAUUUUACCAUUUUAUGUUAAUGCAGUCAUUAUGAAUUAAGUCAUUGAAACCAGUUGCCUUCUAUUGAAAGUGAAAGAAAGAUAGGUUGUUGGCUUGCUCAUUAAUUUCGGCGGCUCAUUUGAACACCUGCUGCUAUCGGUAUAAAACAAAAAAACUGUCAAUUAUCAAGUUUCAUGCAUUGAAAACAAAACAGCCUCUGAUUAAUUUACCAAUCAAAGCCAAUCUUUCCAUACUGUGUUAUAAAUAUCUUAUCAAUGGUUCGUAAACUAUCAUUAUUGAUUAAAGUCUCUUCAGUCUUCGUCUUGACCGUGAAUUUAUAUUUUGAGUGCAAAACUUUCUCUGGGGUCAGUCACAAUUAAUGAGAUGAAGCAAAAAUUGGUCAUGUACUCACUUGCAUUAUAAUUGCUCUAUGCAUUUUGGGGUUUUGACUCCAUCUUCACCUGGAAGCGAACUUGCUGUAGGCUGACAAUGGAGCCACAGCUCCAAAACACGUCCUAUAGAAAAAUUAUAGUGCAAGUUAGUAAGGAACCAAAUUUACAAUUUUUUAACUCAUACUAUUCUUUAAGGAUUGCCCUCAAUUGUUUCUUAGGUCUCCAACAAUUUUUCAAUUUCAUUUUUCAUUUCUUUAUAAAGUCAAAAGUACCCUUUCCUGUUCUCUAGCUCAAGGACUUCUGGCUGAGUUAGCCGCCUCGCUUACUUUUACAAUGUCAAAAUUUAGGCAGGGGCUCUUGCUUAGUCUGAAAUGAAUUUUUUUUUAAAGUUAAUUCAAAAUUUUCUUGAUAUCACAAUUAACUUUAUCUCAACAGAUUGUCUCGGUAAGUCCUAAGAACCAUUUACAUUUUUAGAAUGCGAGGUGUUGGUAAAUUUUUUGUACUCAAUUCAAUUCCUCCUACAAAAUUUAAAGGUUCCUAUGUUCCAAACAAAAGAGUCUACAUCAAUGGGGUUUCUUUCAUGUCUCCCGUUAAUAAAUUCAAUUCCUCUUAACAAUCAACAAUUAAGAUAUCAUGAACACCAAUCAAUAGAUUGGGUGUAUGCUGUCUUAACAUUAUAUGGAUAUUGCGGGCAAAGCGUGAGAGGCAAAGUUUCCUUGUAGAAAAUAUUUCAAUAAAACCAAGUCAUUCCCUCCUAACAUGAUUUAAUCAAAUCUGGUUUUUGGCGGAUUUUAACGUAUCAAUUAUUGUGAUGUGUAUGUCAGGUCCAUCAUAUUGAUUUCCCAAGCAGUCUCCCUGCAUAGUAUGGAGCAGGUUGUCUGUCUUCAUCGCAUUUACUAGUGAGUAGUAGCCCCUUGUGUAAAGUGAUCAGCCGUAAUUAAUAGAAAGAGUUGACCUAUUCUUGUACAGUCUGUUUAAUACAUUAUUUUUGUAAGUUAUGAAAAACAUUUAAAUAUUUUAUGUACAGUAAAUAUUUGACCAAGCACCGUUGAAAUUACUGUGUCCCUUCUAUGAUAAUUUUGUCGGGAAUCGGCGUAUAAUCGAUGUAUUUUGUGAUUGUCCGCUUUCAAAUUUUUCCAAUUUCACGUCGAAAAUUGGAUGCAUGCAACUCGUGCACCUGGUGAAAAUGCUCCUCCAGCAGAAUCCCAACCUCCGAAAUUGUGGCUUGCCCUCUCUUUAUUUUGCCAAUAGUUGCAGUGAUCAAUUCACUCCUUUUCUCUUCAAUUUUCUGAUUCACAUUUCCACCACUUGGAAAUCAGAUUUUGGCAUUGAUACCAAUAGGCAGGUAUGGUUCGGUUUUACACUAUCACAUAACCGUGAAUUCGUUCAAUUGCUGACAAAACCCUGUAAGAUUUGCAUUUUUAAUUUGUAAAAGGUUUUUUUUCUGAUAUUUUAAAAGAUUCCUACUAUAUCAUCAAGAACCUAAGGAAUAAAAUCGUUCAGAAUAAUUUUUUAAUUUUUUGUCUCUGCAUAGUUGAUAUUACAUCAAAUUCAACUUCAUCCUAGGUUUAGUUUAAAACAGAGAGUUCUACCCUAUGAAAAUUAUAUUUUGACAGAAUUUACGAAACCUCAAGGUGUUACUUAGUGGUCAAAGAGCAAAAUUCAGAAAAGGUAGUAGACCUUCCAGUAAAUUCAAAAUGCACCACCUAUUUACCUUCGGUUGCAGAAUUUUUAGUCAAAAAAUGUGCUGAAAUUUUGACAAAUAGUUACUUCUACCUGUUCGCGUUUAAGUCAAAGCUGAGUGCAUUUGCAUUUAUUUUUAAGGCCACACUUGAAUUCACCGCAAAAAUCAAUGGUUCAAGACAUGCCCAGUCAAUCAAGAAUGUAACAGUGUUCAAACUUCGGGCCCUGAAGUGCUCAGCAUUAAAGAGAACAAAGCCACAACAAAUGGAAAAUUGGGGGGGGGGGAGAUAUGUUAAUUUUUAAAAUUAGUGGCUUUAGCCAGUGCUGUUACCAGUGUCUCUUUGAGAAACUAACAAAUUAAGCUCUCUUACUAUCUAAUUCUCAAAGCUGAUAGUCCAGAAAUUUCAGCCCUCCCAUAUACAGGGUGUCUCACGAAAAAG